AUACAAGGCAACUUUUUUUCUAAAAACAUGGCUAUUCUCAAUAAGUCAUCAUCAGAUGGCUGCUGAAUUGCACAGGACCUUUUGAUGUAUAGUAUUUCUUAAACACAAGAUGAUAUGUCUUGUAAUAUUUCCCUUACAGCAGGUUAUUGUUCCACCCUGUUUCCCCCUCAUCCUCUGAAUAUGUUCAAGGCCCUGGCAGGAAUUUGUUUGCUUCAUCUGACUACAAUUGUCUUCCUUUUUUGGGCAACCAUAGAUGAUGCAUGGUGGUUCACAGAGAACCUUUAUACAGACUUGUGGGGCAGAUGGGUGAUGGAGAACAAUGAUAAUGUCUGGGUGUACAUGGACAUACCGACCUCAUACCGGAAGGACUAUCUGCAAGCGGUCCAGGCGUUUGCAGUGCUGUCCUGCCUGUUUGCUGUGUUCUCUCUGUGCGUGUUCAUAUUCCAACUCUUUACUCUGGGUAAAGGAAAGCGGUUCACCAUCUCUGGAGUUGUGCAGCUCAUCUCCUGUUUCUGCAUCAUGGUGGCUCUGUCAGUCUAUACCGAUCACUUUCACAGAGACGAGAAGAAUGGCUGGUAUGGCUGGUCCUACAUCAUGGCCUGGUUUGGGUGGCUGCUGACCCUCUUCACUGGAAUUAUGUACAUCAUCCUGCGCAAACGAGCGGAUUAAACUUUAGACCUCGCUCUCAGUGCUAAUGUACAGCCUUAAUUAUUUUUCUUCAAAGUCUAAGUACAGAAUUUGAAAAAUAAUGAGUUGUCUCAAAUAUUACCGGCGUUGGUUGGAAUUGUAGAAACUUGCGCAAUAAAUCACAGCAUCAGCAGUUCAUUGAAACAGUUUAAAAUCUGUCAGUGAGAAAAGGUUGAUUCAGCAUUUGAAGAAAAUUGCCCAGAGAAGUUUCUUUCUUCUUUUCCCAUUUUUUUUUUUAGAGUAAUACUAUAGAUCGGUUUGAUGGGUCAUCUUUCCUAGUUUCGCAAAGCACUGAGAGCAGUAAGAGGGUCUAAACACUUUAUUGCAGGGGUUAGUGUGUAAAGAUGGUGAAAAUGCAGUAUAUACAAGAAGGAAAUGUAAAAAAUUUAUUUAUAACAUGUAUAAAGAGAAAGAUAAGUUGUACAUAUAAAGUACA